AUGGAAUUCAUAGUAAAGGUUGAAGAAUCAAGAGCUGCAAGUGAUGGAAAACCAUCAGCAGGUCCUGUUUAUAGGUCCAUUUACGCCAAAGAUGGCCUCAUGAAUUUGCCUGCUGGACUAGAGUCUCCUUGGCAGUUCUUUAGUGAUUCUGCUCUCAAGAACCCUGAUAACAAAAUGCUAGGUCGACGGCAAGUCAAUGAUUCCAAGGUGGGUCCUUAUGUGUGGCUGACAUACAAAGAGGUUUAUGAUUCUGCCAUGAGGAUAGGUUCCGCAAUGAGGAGAUGUGGUGUCAAUCCUGGAGAUCGUUGCGGCAUAUAUGGUUCCAACUGCGCAGAAUGGAUCACUGCUAUGGAGGCUUGCAACAGCCAGGCCAUAACAUAUGUACCCCUCUAUGACACUCUUGGGCCUAAUGCUGUGGAGUUCAUCGUCAAUCAUGCUGAAGUUUCAAUAGCCUUUGUCCAAGAGAACAAGCUCUCUUCUAUUCUAUCUUGUCUUCCAAAGUGCUCUUCAAAUUUAAAAACUAUUGUCAGCUUUGGAAAUGUUUCUGACAAGCAAAAGAAGGAAGCUGAAGAACAUGGGGUAUCUUGCUUUUCAUGGGAAGAAUUUCCUCAGUUGGGGAGUUUGGAUUGUGAAUUACCUCCAAAAAAGAAGACUGAUGUCUGCACAAUAAUGUACACCAGUGGAACAACAGGAGAACCAAAAGGUGUUAUCCUGACCAGUGGGGCUCUCAUGUCAGAAGUAUUGUCUGUGGACCAGCUACUAUUUCUUACAGACAGAGUGGCUGCAGAAGAAGAUUCAUACUUCUCUUUCCUACCUUUGGCCCAUGUAUAUGAUCAAGUAAUUGAGACCUAUUGCAUCUACAAAGGUGCCUCAAUAGGAUUUUGGCGAGGGGAUGUAAGAUACUUGAUGGACGACGUUCAAGAAUUGAAGCCAAGUAUAUUUUGUGGGGUUCCUAGAGUUUAUGACCGCAUAUAUACUGGCACACUUGCUAAAGUUUCUGCUGGAGGUGUGUUAAAGAAGAAGUUAUUUGAUUUUGCCUAUAACUACAAGUUGGGAAAUCUAGAGAAGGGAUUUCCGCAAGAAAAAGCGGCACCCCUCCUGGAUAGGCUUGUCUUCGAGAAGACAAAGCAAGCACUUGGGGGCAGAGUACGUAUCUUGUUAUCUGGGGCUGCACCUUUGCCUAAGCAUGUAGAGGAGUUUUUGAGGGUCACAUCCUGCUCUACUUUAUCGCAAGGAUAUGGUCUCACAGAAAGUUGUGGGGGCUGCUUAACAUCCAUAGGCAAUGUGUAUCCUAUGGUGGGAACUGUUGGAGUCCCCAUGACAACCAUUGAAGCAAGACUUGAGUCAGUGCCAGAGAUGGGAUAUGAUGCAUUAUCAAGUGUUCCAAGGGGAGAGAUUUGCCUGAGGGGAAGUACAUUGUUCUCUGGUUACCACAAGCGAGAAGAUCUAACAAAUGAAGUCCUUGUUGAUGGAUGGUUUCAUACAGGUGAUAUUGGAGAAUGGCAACCCAAUGGAGCAAUGAAGAUUAUUGACAGGAAAAAGAACAUAUUUAAGCUAUCUCAAGGUGAAUACGUUGCUGUAGAGAACCUUGAAAAUGUCUACCUGCGUUGCCCUCUUACAACAUCGAUUUGGGUCUACGGCAACAGUUUCGAAUCAUUUCUUGUUGCUGUAGUUGUCCCCGACAGACAGGCACUUGAGGAUUGGGCUGCAAACCAUAAUGAAACUGACGAUUUUAAAUCGUUGUGCAAAAAUCCAAAGGCAAGGAAAUAUAUACUUGAUCAGCUCAAUAGCACUGGUAAAACAAACAAUCUUAGAGGAUUUGAAAUGUUAAAAGCUGUUCAUUUGGAACCACACCCGUUUGAUAUGGAGAGGGACCUGAUAACUCCAACAUUUAAAUUGAAGAGGCCACAAUUGCUCAAAUGUUACAAGGACUGCAUUGAUCAACUGUAUAGUGAAGCAAAGGGCUCGAAGGCAUGA